AUUAACCAGAAGCAUGCUAAAGUUUGACUUGAUUUUUAUACUGGCUCACGGGGGGUACGCGGUCGUGGGACCUAGCCUCAAGCUAUAUGACCAGCCAACCCACGCCUGGUAUACAAUUAUGCACGCAAAGUCUCGAUGUUUCCUUUGCAAGUCAAAAAGUUAAGAGCAAGAAAUGCAAUCAUUCUGUUCAAUCAAGAGAACAUUGGAGGCACCCCGCAGCUUGUCUGUAAAUUCUAACUUUCGAAAUCAAAGCCAGCCAGAUGAUUAAGGAAUGGUGCAUGCCUGUUUCCGACCCAUAUCUUCAACUUCUUUCGACACUCUUUUGUCCCCUUAGUCAAAGCAUUACUUCCAUCCCAAAUGAGCUUCAAGAUUCCCUCGACACCCGCAGAAUGGGAGGUGCUCAAUCAACGUAUCCACAGCCAUUAUAACUCUUCUAUCUCUCGCCCGAAACAUGUUAUCAUCUGGCUUGUCACGAUAAUCGGCCCGGUUCCAGCCAUCCUUUACCUGAUCAGUGCCGUGAAAAGGUGCCAGACAAACGGGUGGUGGUUGGUGAAGGUCGAUGAAAGAGGAUACCUUUACCCGCACACUCGGGUUAUGCUUACAUUUUGGGUGGUCACAUUUACCUUGGUAAAUCUGGCACAUUCGAUCAGCUUGUUGUUAGACUGCCAAUCUCAUCUUCAUCCCCGGACCCUUAUUUGCCACUUCGCAUCCUUUGCCCCUUUAGCUUGCUUUGGUUGGGCAAAAGUAUGGUCUUUAUUUUACGCUAUGCCGCCAUCUAGAUAUCGGUUGGCACAAGCGAAUCAGAAGAGUGGUUCAUCUUACCCGCCACAAUCUAUGAAACGGCCGAUUCCAGCAUGUCUAUUCAACCCGUUAAUCAUCACCGCCCACUUGAUGUCCUUAUUCGGUACGCUGCCGUGGCUAUUUACCGCUAUCCGGGAAUCAUACACCGUGUUGUCCUCGUAUGAUAGAUACCAAUCCUCGUAUGCCAGCUUGCUCGACCCGAAUUCAACCCCAGUCAUCAGGCUCGAGAGUCAGCUUCAGGCUCUACUUUCAGUGAAAAAUAUGGUACAAUCCAUGGAAGCGAUUCGAAGGAAUUUGAAGAACGCGUGUAUUUUCAUGGUAAUAGUCGCAAUCAUCCAAUUGAUCUCUUUGAUUUGGUGCUCGCAUCGGAUCCUAGGCGCUCUUUACUUUCAAGCCAAAUUUUUACGGAAAGCGGCAUCAAGACAAAUCGAUUUGGAGAUCCAGGCUGCUCAAGUUGACUUCGAAUGGUGCGGUUCAUCGGAGCCCUCAAACCCGACCAAGAUCUCUCCUGCUUCUCCAGCCCACUCGAUAUGCGGAUCCGUCCGCUCGAUGCCGGACAAGAUGAUCUUCGUGUCUCACUGGAAGGAAUAUUUACCGAGUCUUGACAGAGGAAAUAAAGUCUCUGCUCGGCUUUGGAAUUCCGGACCUUUCCAGAAAACUCAGGAGCAAAUCAUCGGCGAUGGACUGAAGGACAUGUCAUUUUUUUAUCGAAAAUUGAGACGGUAUGCCAUCAAUACAUUCUGGCACAUAGUCCUUGCAGCACUUGUCAAGCUGUCUUAUAUCAUCCUCUGUAUCUUGUUAAUUUUAGGAGCCUUUGAUCAUUUGGCCAUAUUGCACUUUGAGGUCGCGAUAUUUCAGUGGGUAAACAUUACUUGGAACUGUGGGGUAGGAUUUAUCCUUGGUAUCGUUUCGUGCGUUGUUGUUUUUACGCCUACUCCGACGCUUCCCCGCGAGCCGGAUGUAUGGGAAGGGGAAGCCGAUAUCACCGACGAAGUUCGAAGAUGAUCAGAUCCGGCACCAAAGGUUUAGAUGGCCUACAAAUAAAAUCCUAGUCUGGCACCGAGGCAUCAAGUUUCUUUCACGAGUCCUGUCCCAAAUGCUGAGUUAUAGUCAAAUGCAACUAUAUAGACAUCCUCUUCUUGAAGUCCGACUUGUGGCGAUUGUUUAGUUGAUCUCAUUUGAAACAAGAAUGUUCAGAUCAACCGUUUAACUCAUUAUUCAUGUCCUUAUCAAUUAACUAUCAGUUGUUUUCUUUUUCAGUCAUCAUCGAUCUGACGCUUUUUUCCAUUGUCAUCUAGACAGUCUGACGGUUUCCUUGAUGGUUCCCUUUGUCUGUUUUGACAUUCACCCAGCUUGAUUGCUUCCUGUUCUCUUGCGAUUCCAUCAAACCUAUGUUUCCCAUCAAGUUCACUUUAAUCUGUGAUUUUGAGUGUACUGAAAGGGCUGUUACUGUUUAUGUGUCUUGGUUAUUAGCAUGUGUUUUCAUCUAAUUAUCGUCCACAAGUUUGGAUCUCCGUGUGGUAUUCUAAUUCAACUCGCUUUUGCAUCAGUUUGUCCUGCAUAUUGACUCUCAAGGAGAAGCACUAAUUAAUACCAAUCGUAACUUACAAUACCUGAUUACGCAUAACUUACUACCAGGCAUCUUUUUACCAAUUGAAGCUCGUGG